AUUUGUGAUCUCUCCCAAUUCAUUUUUCUUCAAACCCAUUACCAAAAAUUGGAGCUUUCUUGGAGUAAAACAAGAUCAAGCUAAAAAGAAACUGAGAAAAUGAGAAAGCGUCAAGUUGUGCUCAGAAGAUCAGAAGAACCCUCGAGAGACACUGAGGCUUCCUCUUUCACAGUAAGGAGUGUUAGAUAUGGGGAGUGCCAAAAGAACCACGCUGCCAGUGUCGGAGGGUACGCCGUCGAUGGGUGUCGAGAAUUCAUGGCAAGCGGCAACGAAGGUACGACUUCUGCACUGACUUGCGCUGCCUGCGGUUGUCACCGGAGUUUCCAUAGAAGGCAAGUUGGAACGGAGGUAGUCAGUGAUUGCUCGUCGUCUCCCUCGAACGAAACUUAAGAGAUUGCAGAUACUGCGACGAGGUUGUUUUUGUUUUGAGGGUGCUGAAUAAACAAAAUUAUGUGUGUUUGUGUUGUGUUCGUGUAAUGUUUUCCAUCAUAUUUCUUUUGAAUUAUGUGUGAUUUUGAGUGUAUUAAUCUUUUUGGAGUUUGGAAGCAAUAUACCUAAAAUCUUUAUGGCA